CAAGAAGAAGGUACGUGGUAGAGAAGAAGUGGCUCUGUCUUAUCAGCGCCGGGGGGUUGUUGGAUCGCGCCCAACCCGGAAGGGAGCAUAAUUUGAGCAAGCAAGUAGCACUCUAACACGACGUACACCACACCAACGGCGGCACCAUGAAGCAGUUCGUGUUGAUAGCAGUUGCUCUGGUUGGUCUUGCGACCGCCCAGUUCCCGAACGGCAGAACUUUGGACGCCCCGAAUCCUGCCCUGUGUGCCAGUAGAAUCAUCCACGAACGAGCCCCAGACGGCAAAGGCUACUUCUUCUCCUGGCGCGAUCCGACGCUGCGCGGUGUCGAGAAGGACUGGCUGGAUGCGAGAAAUUUCUGCCGCCAACGGUGCAUGGACAGCGUCUCGGCUGAGACGAGCCCGGAAAACGAAUGGAUCAAGCAGAGGAUCGUUGAGGGACGGCAAAAGUACAUCUGGACCAGUGGGCGGUUGUGCGACUUUAAGGGAUGUGACCGGCCGGAUCUGCAGCCAACCAACGUGAAUGGAUGGUUCUGGACUGCUGAGCUGCAGAAGCUUGCUCCAACGACGGUGCGCAACCAGAACGAUUGGUCUGAGGGUGGUGGCAUCGGCAAACCUCAGCCGGACAACCGAGAACUGAUCCAGGGUGGUGCGUCCGAGAACUGCCUUGCGAUUUUGAACAACUUCUACGACGAUGGUGUUCACUGGCACGAUGUCGCUUGUCACCACGUGAAGCCGUGGGUGUGCGAGGAAAAUGACGCCCUCCUCAAGUACGUCAAGUACAGCAAUCCCAACCUGCGCAUCUAAGCGAUGCCGUUCCAUGUGGAAGCUCAGUACACUCGACUGCUGGUUUAAUUUCUUUUUUUUUUUACUGACACUCAAUCCAUAUUUAUUUUGAUACGCAUCACGCCGAUCGAGCAAAUGACGAUCGCCGGUUGAGUGAAGCAUCCGGAAGAAAGGAACGUGAUGGAGACGGCCCACAUCGUGGCUGUGUGUCGGACGGAUAGAUUUUAAUGCAAAGCACCCCUCGGUCUGGUGCACGAAGGAAGAAUUAGAGAAUAAAUUUUAAA